AUGUCAGACUAUUUACCUCACGAAAUCAUAAUUGAAAUCCUCACAAAACUACCCGUCAAAUCCAUCCUCCGAUGCAUACUCGUCUGCAAGGCAUGGCACUCUUUGAUCACAAGCCCUAAUUUCAUCGUCACACACCUCAAUCGCACCAUUUUGAACAGCAAAAUCGACCAUCCCACACUUUUUAUCAGACAUUACGACAAGAAUGACCACAACGAGCACUAUACAUUACACCGAGAAGAUGAAACAUUUGGGGUUAGUUUUUCGGAACUGGAAUUUCCAUUUAAGAGUCCAAUUGGGUAUUUUAGAAUAGUUGGUGGUUGCAAUGGGUUGAUAUGCUUGUCUGAUGAUUUAUUUGGUGAUAUGGAAACUAUAAUUCUGUGGAACCCAUCGAUUAGGAAAUCGGUUACUCUGCCAAAACCCAGUAAGCCAAAAUCACCACACAUGUUUGUGCUUGGUUUCGGAGUGGACCCAAUGACUCAAGAUUUCAAAGUGGUGAGAAUUGUAUAUUACAAAGGGUUUUUUAAUGGCUACGAAGCCCCUCCCGAUGUUGAGAUUUACACGCUUAGCACGGGAUCGUGGAGAAGCAUUAAUUCGGCUGCUCCUUCAUAUUGUAUGGUGGAAUUUAUGUGGUCACAGGCUUUGGUAAAUGGGGUUGUGCAUUGGAUUGCAAAUAAUCGGCGUUUCGAGUUCAGGUUCCGUAGUUUGAUAGUGUCAUUUGAUCUGGGUGAAGAGGUAUUUGAUGAGAUUGUGCUUCCUGAUGCUUUGGCUGGUGAGAUUGCGACAAACUUGUCUAUUUCUGUAUUUAGGGAAUCUCUUGCUGUGAUCGAAUACGAUAAAGAAAUAGGAACUAUGUCAUGUUGUGUGUGGGUUAUGAAAGAGUAUGGAGUUGCAGAGUCAUGGACUAGAUUAUUUAAUAUUGAUCUAGAGGGAACAUUGGAGAAAAUAAUAGGAUUUAGGAAGAAUGGUGAAGUUUUGCUGUCACCGAGGAGCUGCAAGCUGGUUGCUUAUGACCCCAAGACGGGACUGAUCAAGGACCUUGAAAUCCUUGGGAACACACGCUCUUUUCAUGUUGAUACAUACAUGGAAACCCUGGUUUUGUUACAAGAGAUAGUUCCUCAGAUGGGUAACUGA